UCUUCCUCUGAAGCGGUCACCAGCGUGUGGAGCCUGCCCCACACCCAUCACCUGCCAAACCACGGCCUUUACCUGUGUCUUCCGGUGUUUCCCGUGCGACCCGUCCUGUGGGAGUGCCUCCUGGGCCACCCCAGAGUUCACGCAGCGCUCAGUGGCUCCAAUGGUGAAGAUGACAAGGUCCAAGACUUUCCAGGCAUAUCUGCCUUCAUGCCACAGGACCUACAGCUGCAUUCACUGCAGGGCUCAUCUUGCCAACCACGAUGAGCUCAUUUCCAAGUCCUUUCAAGGAAGCCAAGGACGAGCAUACCUCUUCAAUUCAGUAGUUAAUGUGGGUUGUGGCCCUGCAGAGGAGCGGGUGUUAUUAACAGGAUUACAUGCGGUUGCAGAUAUUUACUGUGAAAACUGCAAAACCACACUGGGUUGGAAAUAUGAACACGCUUUUGAAAGCAGCCAGAAGUAUAAAGAAGGCAAAUACAUCAUUGAACUAGCUCACAUGAUCAAGGAUAAUGGCUGGGAUUGAAUGGAAAGAGCCCAGCCCUACCAGUGUGUAAGAGAAUGCCAUCCAACCGAACAUUAUAUCCAAGAGUGAGAGAGUGACUGAACGCUUGGUUCCAUGCAUUUAGAGGCUCUGCAAUUUGGGAGCAUCUUCACACCCUUCUCCAUCUUUAUUGGUGACUGGCCUCUAAAUUUCUGUCUCUCUGUCUCUUUGCUUUGUAUCUGUUUGUGAGUUGACCCUGGCUGCUUCUCUCUCUGUUCUGGCGUUGGCUAAGAGAAUGCACCGAAUGCCCGACAGCCAUUCCAUGUUGACGAAUGUUUAAGUACAAACCGAAGUUGGCUCUGUGGUGGCAUUUUAUCGGAAGGUCUCGGUGCGGGAGGAAGACCCGAGUUUUGGGCAGGAGAAAGUGAUAGGGGGUGGGGAGUGGGCCCGAAGGGAAGUCAUCAGAAGUUUGAAACUGUGCUUCUCCUUUAAGUCCUGGUUAACCAAGGCUUGAAACUAUCUACUUGUCUAAAUGGACAGAAAAAUACCUCACGGCUGCGUUCUCUCCGAAAUGUAAAACCGUGCUCCAUCGGUGGAGCUUCAGUCUAAGCCAGCUGAGCACAAGUCAUAACCAGUUCCCCCUGCAAGCUAAUCGCAAGUCUGUGUUU